AUGAAAAGAUGCGCACAAGAUCCAUCACUUAUUGUUGUCGAUGUUGGUGCCUUCGUUGGUGAUAGUGAAACAACAGUAUCGAAUGGAACUUUGUAUGCAUCUACAAUUCGUCUCGAUAAUGUUCACUGGUCACCACAAUCAUCGAUUCUUAUAUUAAAAGUUGAUGUCGAAGGUUUCGAACUAAAUGUACUCCGUUCGGCCGAAAAAUUAUUUCGUAAAAAGCGCAUUCAUCAUUUAAUUUUUGAAUACACAGCCUGGUGGACGGACAGAGCACCUCAAAAAGAUCUUAUACCAUUCGUUGAAAAAAUUCUUGAUGCGAAAGAAUUGUUUGCAUUAGAUCGAUCAGCUUAUACUGUUUAUGGACCUCUGACUCGACAAGCAAUAGAUCAGUUUCAUGAUGAUCAUGCCGAACAACAUCUUCAAACCGAUAGUUACGUCAUUUUCGUAGAACCCAAAGAAAAAUCUAAUUUGCAAGUUCAACCAUACCAGCCUAAAGUAUCAUUCGCAUGA